AUGGGUUGCAAAUUUUUAAACUAUCAUUUUAUGUUAGUUUUAUUAAUUCAAUUAUUUCUUUUGAUUCCAUUAUUUGUAAAUGGGCAAUUUAUACCAGGACCUCGAUCUGGUCACACGGCAACUCUCAUCGGAAAUAAAAUAUAUUUUAUAGGAGGAUAUAAUUUUACAACUCCUAAAGAAAGUGAUAUAUUUUAUUAUAAUGGAAUAGCAUGGGUAGAAUUGAAUAAUCAAGUUAGUGGUCAAGGUGCAGAUAUGCCACCUAAACUUGGACAUACAGCUAAUGUAGGAGGACGUAAUCAAGAUUUGAUAUUUAUUAUAGGAGGUGANAUAUAUCAACUUGAUACUAAAACAAAUAAAAUUACUUCACCAAUAAUUCUGGGAGAUUUUCCAAGUCGUGAUAACUUAAUGUUUAUGAGUUCUGUUAGUAGUUAUGAAGGGAAAAUUUAUUUGUUUGGUGGAGGAAAAAUUGAAACUGAUAUAAUUACUUUGUAUAGUAAUCAUUAUAUUUUUAAUACUAAAAAUUUGAAUUGGGAAGAUGGUAGCUUAGUUGGUGCUCCUCCAGCCAGAUAUAAGCACACAGCAACAUUAGUUAAUGAAAUUAUAUAUUAUAUUGGUGGUAUACAAAUAAAUAAUUCUUAUGUUUCUUAUCCUUCAAUGUCCGAUGUACUUGAAGGCAAAAUUUGUAUAUUUGGGGGAAGUAUCGAUUUUUUAUCACCUAUAGAAUCAAUCGCUAUGUUGGAUACUAGCACCUUAGAAUGGUCAAUACCAUCUUUUAAAAAUCCAAAGAGACCAAAUAUGCCAACUUUACCAAACCUAGUUUAUCAUACUGCCACAUUAGUAGAUAAGCGUAUGUUAGUUGCUUUCGGAAAUGAUACGGAUAAAUCGGUUAAUGCGGUUACUAGUGGAUAUAAAGGAUUAAAUAAUGAUUUUUAUAUAUUUGACUUUAAUGAUUUUCAAUGGUACAUUACAACAGCAGACGAACUUACGAAUCCAUCUUCUAAUAUCCCAAAGUUAUUUUCUUCCAGUAGUGCAGGAAUAUCAUCGAAUAAGCCACUAACUAUUGCUUUAUUAUCAGUUGGAAUAAUACUAGGUGUAGCUAUAGUCGGAACAGUAAUAUUUGUAUAUUAUAGACGUAAGAAAAAUCAAAGUAAAAAUGAUGUCGGUUAUCCAGCAGAUUAUGUCAGUUAUCCGGCAGAUGAUUCAAAUAUUUCUUAUGAUAAAUUUUCAUUCAGUCAACGAUCAACUUUAUAUUCAAGCCAACCAUCAAUGCAAUAUCAAUCUACAAACCAACAUCAACAAUUUACACCUGAACAACGUAUCUCAAAUAAUAAUAAUUUAACUCAGCCUCAAGGAUAUAUCGGUCAAGAAUAUUCCAUUCUACGAAUUCCAUCAGAUGAUGAUAGACUUUCUAAUCAUCGUCCCGGAAGUGGAACUGGAGCUUAUUCUCAAAGAAGUGAAGCUCCUCUCCCCCCUCCUCCUUCAACUGAUCCUCAUUCUCAAGGAAGUGAAGCUCCUUUCCCCUCUCCCCUUUCAACUGAUUCUCAUUCUCAAGGAAGUGAAGCUCCUCUCCCCCCUCCCCCUUCAACUGAUUCUCAUUCUCAAGGAAGUGAAGCUCCUCCUCUCCCCUCUCCCCCUUUAACUGAUCCUCAUUCUCAAGGAAGUAAAGCUCUUCUUCCCCCUCCCCCUCCCCCUAAGACUCCAUAA